UAUCAAUUUUAAAAAUGAUGUCAAAUCUUGACCCAAAAGUUGCAACAUCUCAGGUUAAACCUGGUUUACAAGAAUUUUUUAAAAUUUAUCGUACUGAUGUGUUUGGAGUAAAGCAGGAUGUCGAAAAUGAAUGGCAUCAACUACAAAACAAAAAAUGGACACAUUUAUCAAACACUGAAGAAUUUUAUGCUGAAGUCAGUGAGGAUAAGGAUGCAGCUGGGAAUAGCAGAUUUAAAAAUGUAGCCAAAUUCGCAACAGCAUUACUUUCGUUACCUUUUUCAAAUGCAAGCGUGGAGCGCGCAUUUUCCAUUUACUCAAUAAUUAAAAACAAAUUGAGAAACAAAUUAUCACCUGAAAUGUUACAGGCUUUAAUGAUGGUAAGAUAUACUCUACAGAGACAAGGUUCGUGUAUAAAUUUUAAUCCAACACCAGCGAUGCUAAACAAAUUUGAUUACAAAAUGUACGAUUUUAAAAAUAAUUUG